GCUCUCCUUAGUGGCAUGGUAGGUUUGUUUGCGAGGCAGGAAUAACAUGGCGUGCAGACGAUGCAAGACGGGUGAUGGAUGUAUGUGGAUGGAUGGGUGCCUGUCGAGUUGAGACAGGUUGCCGGCACUCUCCUUCCUCCGCGGUCCCGCCCCGGUUUGAUGGCUUGAAACUUUGGCCGUCAAGUUCAUAUACGCCCGCCGCCGCAGUCUUCUCUCAUCGACUUCCAUCUAUCAACUUUCCCGGAUCUGCAGAUGAGCAGUCAACCGACCACCAUCACCAUCACCGUCAUUCCGUAUCUAAAACUCGAACAUGCUCGAGGGUGCCACCCUCAACGGCAUCCUCCCCAAACCAACGCGCAACACAUUCUCUACGGCCACCGGCCACACUUAUAGCCACCUCCGAGGAUUGCCGGGGCGGCCGGCCAGUCGGGCGGGAAUCAAUGUGGAUGUCCGGUCGCGUUCGGGCCUGGAGGGCGGGGUCCUUUCCGUACAUGUAUCAGACGGACGGACGAAUGAACGAAUGGUCUGCUGAAUCCCUGUCCAGGAAGUCCAUAAUUCGGAUGACCGGCCUACCUCGCACUAAGAUAACCUCAUCUCACCCCGCUGGACUGACUCUCCGCGCCUUGCACCAUCGGCCGACAAAGCACGACAGGCUACGGAUAGAGGCGGCUGGCAUAUCCCACGCGCUGCGGAGAGGCGGCUCGGUAGAAGCGAUUCAUUCGAGACGAUACAUUUUAUCAGCAUCAUUCCCGCAGGCGUCACGGGCGGAUGUGACAUGGGAAUAUCGCGUCUCAUCUCAUCAUAUAUCAUAUCACCAUGCGCUUGUCAUUGUCCCACCAAGGCCUGCCCCUCAAUCGGCUUCGACACAUCCUCCACAGGCUGUCGGUGCGCUGGACGUUCUCCGAAUCGAGAAUUGCUACUGUCUCUCUAGAUAACUUUCUCUGCUGCCUCCUUACUCUAUCGUCACGAGCACGGCCAGUCAGUGGUCUCAUUCUGUAACAUGACACAACUGGUGUCAUGGGUUCCCCGAAAGUCUCUGCUAACAACAGGUGUUUAUAUAAUCUUUUUCUUUUUAUCUUUUUCGUUUUUUUUUUUUU